CAGUCGCGAGGCAUUCGCCGGGCAGAGUGGAGGUGGUUACGUUGUCCGCAAGGAUAUGUGGUCGGUUACCGCGACGCCGCCGCGGUUCGCGCAGGCACAGGUACGAAGUGCGCGCGUUUUCGAGGCGGUAUCACGAAAAGCGCAGGAGUGGCGUUUCUACGUAUUGUUCCGAUAUCACUGCUACAGUUCAUCGUUGAUGUACAGUGGGUAGUAGGAAGUUCGUAAAUCGAAAAAGAGAGGAAAGACGAAAGGAAAAGAAGAAGAAAGAAAAGAGAUAGAGCGCGAUUCUAUCGCGCGGUGCAGUGUGAAAAGUGUUCGCGAAGGGGCUUUUGCUUCCUCUUGUGUGUGCGUAUACGUGCGUGUGCCACAGCAAAAGCACGUAAAACGUAACUAGUGACACACGGAAAAAAGAGAAAGAGAGAGAAAGACGAAUAAACACGGGUCGCCGGAUAAUCCUUGUGUACGGUGUGCGGGUUUCGUGAAUGUGCGUCAAAUGACAGUGAGGUGAUCAAUGUGCUCGAAACAUGGCUGAGGAGCUGGUGGUCACUCUGAACCGCGGCGACUCAUCCGGAUUCGGGUUUUCGCUCCUUGGUACCGCGGGUUUGCCGCACGUCAUCUACGACAUCGUUGAAAAUUCGCCGGCAGCAAAGAGCGGCAAGGUCGAGGCCGGCGACGUCAUACUCAGGGUGAACGAAGUUGAUGUCAACCGAUUUAGUACUAAAGAAGUGCUGAAAUGUCUGCGGCUCUCGUCGGAUCCCGUCACCCUGAAGUUGAGAAGGGAUCCUGCAAUAAAAGCUCAUGUGCGUCGAUUAUUAUCACCUGGACAACCGUUAUGUGACGAAACGGAUUCGUCGAAGAUAUCUCUCGAGGCAACAACACCUGUGAAUAACCCUAAAACAGUAUCGUCCGGCAAUGGAGAGAGCACGGAACUAAGGAAACCUGGAACGCCAGAACUUCCGGGAGGUUCGCCACAGGAACCAACUGGGGCGACACAAUAUGCGACCAGAAGCAAUGGAUCCUAUAGUGAUGCCUCUGGUUCCUCCGAGUUAGAGGCACUACUUCCACCAAUGGAUAGUUUCAAAGAAGAGGAACGCGCACAAUGGGAGCCGCUUUCCGGCGACAAAUUUUCCAGACAGAAGAAUACGCCUAGGUUUGAAGCGUACAUGAUGACCGGUGAUCUAAUGUUGAACCUGUCGCGCACUCAGCAAAGCAGCAGUCUGCUCCCGAAGCACCAGAAGAAGGUCGACUCCCUGAGGUACAACAAUCAUCACACCCACCAUCACCAUAAUCACCACAAUCACCAUCAUCAUAACUCGGUACCUACCAGUCCUAACGAGAUGCUGGGCCAUCACCGUGCUUACAAGUGUACCGGUUCGAAUUCGGCCAGCACCUCACCGGUCGGGAUCAGCAAACGUGAAAGCGGCCAGUGUCCGGGCCAGAGCGAUAAUAGCAAACAAAAUACCGCGAGUUUUGGUUAUUCGAGCGGUUUCGUCCGCACCUCGCGCUCCGAGGACCAUUUGCAAUUCCAAAAGGAUCCGUCGAUGAGCGCGGUGGACAUUGACAUUGACGAUGACGUCACGUCCAGCCUAAACACCCUGUUGGACACGAGGCCUGACAGCGGCCAAGGUUUGUCCAGCGAGAGGAUCGUCUGGACGUACAACGCGCCGGUCAGCUCGCCAUCAGCCUCGGAGCGCACCUCCUGCUGCCAGAAUGGCAGCUCCUCGCAAUCCUCGUCGAGUAGCUCCUCGACCGAGGGAACUAGUCCCCAAAGAUCCUUAUCGCCAACUUCCCCUACCUCGGUCUCGUCCUCCGUCAUGUCCUCCAAUUCUGGAUCCCGUAGGUUCCCACCGCCGGUACCCACGGGCACCACACCGUCAGCCCUGGGACCCUCCGGCGACGGAACCGCAUCCUCGGCCUCCGGCCUUCAUCCCACCAACGGCGACCUCAGCCAGUCCGAGGCGAUCAGCAACAUGUCCAGUCCUGACUACAACGACGAAGAGACUAUGGACAUACUGAGUGCACGCGAUAUCAUGAUGGUCAGUGAUCCGAGUGACAGUGACUCGACGAUACUCGCCAGCGAACCACCUCAGAGGAGGCUGAAGGCAGCUGCUGCGGCCACCGUGCAACAAACGUCGAACGUUUACGCAUCGGCACAGGAGAAUACCGAACAUAGGAUAGUAAUACAGGUGAAGGGGCCGGACAAGGACAUCGCGGUGGCGAGGAAUACGAGUCCAAGGCAGAACAGGAGACGGGGAAAUCUCGGUAAUCCGGAACUCGUAGCCACGUCCACAGCGCAGAACAUCGUGCAACGUCCGCCCGGCAAUAACAUCGCUGGGAAUGUUACGCCUGAAUUCGUUGGGUAUCAGGAGUUGAAAGAGAGUGAAGAUGAGAAUGAAGCUCUAAAUAUUGGAAAUUACGAAGAUAAGCACGCGUCGCCACCACAAUCUGCAGAUGAAGAAAGCGAUAUUGAAAGUCUACACAGCUUCCAUUAUAGUCCAAAAGCAGUGGACUUGCCAUCAGCCGUUCGAUUAGCCAAAAGAUUAUAUUCCUUAGACGGUUUUAAAAAGUCUGACGUCUCUAGACAUCUUAGCAAAAACAACGAUUUUAGUAGAGCGGUAGCCGAAGAAUAUUUGAGAUACUUCAACUUCGACCGAGACACGCUGGACGUGGCUCUUAGAAAGUUCCUUGCCCAGUUCUCUUUGACUGGGGAGACCCAGGAAAGGGAGAGGGUUCUUGUACAUUUCUCCAAGAGAUUUCUCGAUUGUAAUCCAGGCGCUUUCAAUUCUCAGGAUGCUGUUCAUACUUUAACUUGCGCUAUAAUGCUGCUCAAUACCGAUCUUCAUGGUCAGAAUAUUGGUAGAAAGAUGUCGUGUAACGAAUUUAUCGAAAACCUCUCGGAACUGAAUGAUGGCGAUAACUUUCCUAGAGAGGUGCUAAAGCAGCUAUAUAAUGCCAUUAAAUCGUUCCCCUUGGAAUGGGCCUUAGAUGAAGAAGGGGAUGAAACUGCAAAUCAGGCAAUUCAACAGGGUGACGGUCCAGCAAUAUCGGGUACCGGAAAUCCAUUUCUUGAUGUGCCAAAUGUUACAGGUGCUACGGAGUUCAAGAAGGGAUAUGUUAUGCGGAAAUGUUGCUUCGAUUCCAACGGAAAGAAAACACCAUUCGGGAAACGUGGUUGGAAGAUGUAUUAUUGUACAUUGAGGGAACUUGUAUUAUAUUUGCACAAAGACGAACAUGGCUUCCGUAAUGAUAGUUUGCAUAACGCGAUACGCAUUCAUCAUGCGUUAGCUACUAAAGCAUCUGACUAUACGAAGAAGGAACACGUGUUUAGGUUACAGACUGCUGAUCAAGCAGAGUAUCUCUUCCAAACAAGUGAUUCCAAAGAAUUGCAGUCGUGGAUUGACACGAUCAAUUUCGUGUGUGCCAGUUUUUCUUGUCAACCAUUAGCAGGCGCGGUUGGUUCACAGCGAAAAUUUCAACGACCUCUACUUCCGUGCAGCCACACGAAAUUAUCUCCUAGAGAACAAUUACGGGACCAUGAGGAGAGAGUGAGCAAAUUAGAAGCUGAAUUGGAAGAGCACAGACGACAUCCGCCUGAGAGAGGAGCUAAAGCUCUUACUGUACAGAAUUAUAAGGAAAAAGAUGCUUAUUUACAUCAUGAGCUUAAGAGAUAUAAAACAUACGCAUACCUGUUACGAUCCAGGUUGGCUUUUACUGAAGUAGAACCAUCGUUAGUUGAGAGCAGUAUUGGGGAGGUGGAUGAGGGAAGCGGAACUUUGUUGAAUUCGGAUGUUGCACUGGUACCACCGCCUGUUCCUGAUCGACCAGCCAUAAAUAGGUACAGUUACAGGGCUGCCAUUUACAACCGUAAUCUGCUAAAUGGUCAGGACUACGGCGGGGACAUUGGUUGACGUGUGAUGGGUGUCUUUUCAGCAUGUGUGGUCUAAUCUGACCUGCAUGUGCAGGCAAUAAGAACAGCUGAAAUUUAGAAGAGAAUAUUAAUGAAAAAAAUAACGAUGUAUCCGACGCAUCACUUGUUAAGUACUGUACUUUAUCGUAUCAUGUACUCACCAUUCUCUUUUACUAUAUUUAAUCGUAAAUUUAUCAGCGGCCAUUAAAAAAAAAUACCGAUAGUGUUAGCAUUCGUAAGGUGCUCUAAUUACAGCAGCGAUUUUAAUUUUUUUUGUUAAACUAUUUUUUUAUUAUUUAAUUCUUAAUAUUAUUAAUAUUAUUUUACUUUUUUAAAUAAAAUAUUCGAAUUAAUUUAUCAUUGCUCAAGUGCCAUAUUUAUCAAUUAGUUUGCACAUAAUUGAGCAUAUAAAGCUGCUGUUCUAAGCACUCAUUCGAUACCGUCAAAUUGGUGAUUGGGUCAGGGUUCGCACCUAACUCAAUAAUGUAGUGUAAAUGGUUCACUAAUUAUACCCGAGUAGAUUGUUAACGCGUUGACAAAAAUUUGGCAAGGCCCGAUUCAGAAUUCGUGCCUUGACUGAAGAUAAGACCAGUUAUGUAUAGAACAAUAUUUCAACGAAUAUAAAGGAUAGAAACAAAUAUAUGGUGUUCGAAUGUUGAAUGAUAUUAUUUAUUAUAUCGUAAAGAAAAAAAUAGACAUAUUGUAAUCAUUAAUUUCAAAUUAAUCUAUUGUAUAAAAGAUAAUGAGCAUAUAACAAUUUUUAAAUGUAUUGUAAAAUUUGAUCAAAUUUUUCUGUAUUAAUAAUAUAUAUUGUAUAGAAAUGACUUUAAAACGAAAUUGUAAAAUCAUCUCACCAAAAUAAACAAAUUAUACGAUACUUUGUUGCUAUACUAAACUGUGUCUGUCUUCAUAUAAAAAAAAAAAUUUUACAUGAGCAUCUUCUCAUGCUUUCCGCUUUCAGUUCGCUGCUAACAAUUUUAUAACAAAUAUUUAACUAUUUAGUUAUAUCGGGUAUUUAGUGGUAAUUGGUAAUGCGAAGUAAUAUGUCUGCUUUUUUUGCAGUAUUGAGAAAGUUUCAUCAAAACUGUUAUUUGAAUGCAUUUCCUUUUUUUUCUCUCUUAUAUAUAUAUAUAUAUAUUUUUUUUUGAUUUUGUGUGGUGCUUAUUCUAGAAUAGAAUAUAACAACAGACUGUUAUCGAUAUAUUUCCAUGAUCAAUCACUUUCAUUGUUUUUUAUUUAUCGUAUCGAUUUUCUUAUUAUUAAUCGAAGAAAUAUGUGAAAAUAGAAUUUUUAUAGAUUAAUAUAUAUUAGAAAAAGAUUGAUAUUUCGCGAAAUUCUAAGAUAUUUUGCAUAUUGUUGAUUAUUUAUUUAAAAUUUGAAUAGAUAUAUUUAUUUUCUAAUUGAAAUAAAUUGAAAACGAAAAAAAAAAAAAUAAUAAAUAGAAGUUAAAGAAAAAUUAAAGAAUGGCGCUUUUUUGCCAUGAUAUCAGUUUUUACUUAUUAGUUAUAAUGAAGAUGAUUAUACGUUGGAAAAGAGUUUAAAAUAUAAUAAUGUAUUAUAAAAUUUAAGACUGGAUAAAAAAAUCAAUUAGGCGCGUAAUCCCAAUUCAAAAACUUAUGUUCAGUUAUAAUGAAAUUAUGUAUCAGCCAUUUUACACUCGUAAAUGUAUGAUAUAUUUUUAUAUUUGAUAUAUUUAUCACGAAUAAUUCGUGUCUCUGUAUUAUUCCAUUUCAUCCGCAUACCCAAAUUUUUCUGUGUUUUGUAUGAUUGAUUUGUGCGGAUGAUCGAUAUAUUUUUUCUGUGAUUGCAUUGUUGUUUUUGACGAAUUUUAUUAAAUUGGUUGAUAUGAAAGAAACUAUAUCAUUCCGAUAGUUUAAUUAACAACGAUGAUGAUAAAAUUAAAAAAAAAAGAGAAAAAAAAAUCAUAAGAGAAAUCGAAUCUUUCGUUUCUCGAUAUUAAUUGAAAAUAACACAGAUAAAGACCAUAAAGCCUCAUCUUAUUCUAAUCUAUUCCGACUUUACGUUUAGAUGCAUAAUAAGUAGCAAAUUAUCGGAAAUUAUUCUAGCCUUUUUAAGUGCAAACUAUCCAGUAACGUAUAUAUAUAUACAUGUAUUAUAUGCACAUAUAUAUAUAUACUAUUUUCUCGCAUAGAAUGUAUUACGUAACAGGUUGGAUGUUUUUUUCGAACGUAAUUAUUUUUUAAGAAAUAACAAGUUUUUAUUAAAAUGUACAAAAUAAAAAUUUGUAUGUUGUGUUAACAAAUCUUUGAUCUUUGAUAUAUCAAUAUAUUUAAAGAAUUAAAAUUGUUUUGAACUGUUUAUAUAUUGUAAAUAUGUUGUAAUAAUAAUUAUUAAAUAUAAUAAUAUAAAAGAAAACUUCGUUAUCGAUUAAAAAGCAUUAAAAAGCACAUACAAGUGUUACGUAAUUAUUUUAUGCUAAUAGUCUGAAUUUAAUCAAGCGAUAUUCUAUACUCUUGAAAAAGCAGUAUUAGAACCUUAAUUUCAUAUUUUUCAAUUAGAAAAGAAAAAUAAAUCAAAAUACAUGAUUUUGAAUUAUGAUAUUAAAUGAAGUUUAGCUUUUUAGUAUAAUAUUUAUAUUAUAAAUUGCAAACAUUCCAGUAAGAUUUUUUUUAGAAGAUCAAAAUAAAUCUGUUCAUUGACUAGUCGAAUUAGCAUUUUUAGAUAUGGUUCCUGUAAAUCAUGUUGCUGCUCAGUAUUUAUGAAUACAUUAAUUUUUAAGUAUAAAUGAAUAAAUUCUAUUUCGUUAUUUUUGUAUUUUGAUUGUAGAUAGUCGCUUUGAUUAUUCGUUUACUAUUUAUUAAACAUCAUUCAUUUAUAUUGUUCUCAAAAAGUUGUUCACUACAUCUAAUCAUAGUGUACACUAGAUCCCUUGUAAAUAAAACUGUAUUAUAUGUGGAUAAUAUAAUGAUUAUUAUAAACUAUAUAAAGCUAAUGGCAAUAAAGAUAAACAGUCUUCAAAUUA